GUAGUAUGUUCUUAUUAUCACUUCUUUUCUUGAUUGUAUGCGAUUGUUCUGGGAGGGAGGGGAGCAGUGAGAGGGCAGCAGAAGUUAUUAAAGUGGGGGCUCUCUUUUUUUGUCAGUGUAGAGGUCGGCUUCUUACCGGCUGAUAUUAUGAGAUUUAUUUCAUGCUUGAGAUGGCAGGGCUACUUUUCAGACGAGCCUUGUCGCAUUUGCUUUCGCUCGCAAUCCUUCUCAAUUUUUAUAGAGGCGAUUUGGCCCCAGCUUUUGCAUUUUCAAGACUAUUCCUGCAGGGCUUGUCUUUUCAUUUGGGUCACAAUCAAAGAGCCAGAGAGGGCCGCAGUGAUUCGUAAUUGGCUAAUUGGCACAAGGUGCAUCUGAAGGCCGGCCUGAUUGACUGACUGAGGUUGCUAUGAGUGCUGUAUGCGGUGUUUGGGUGGGGUGCCGUACUGCUCCCUUGUUGCCACACUUCUCUGCUUCUCUGGCAUUGCCCUCUUCUGUGGUUGUGGGCACCAGGCACUCACAGAGACAGAGAGGCUCAUCGAGACAUACUUUGCACGUAACCUUCAGGACUACAUAACCCUAGCCUACAUCAUUCAAUAUUUCCAGUAUGUCAUCUAUGGUUUGGCCUCCUUUUUCUUCCUCUACUGCAUUGUGCUUUUGGCCGAGGGCUUCUACACUACGAGCGCUGCAAGGCAAACCUUUGGAGAGUUCAGGAGCACCAUGUGCGGCCGCUGCCUCAGCUCCUCGUUUAUAGUGAUGACGUAUGUGCUCGCUGUGCUGUGGCUGCUGGUGUUUGCCUUCUCGGCAUUGCCAGUCUACUUCUUCUACAACAUGGACGCUACCUGCCACACUAUUGAUAUUCUGACUGAGACCCCAGCAAGUAUCAACCAGCUUUGUGUUGAUGCGAGACAGUACGGACUCUUGCCAUGGAAUGCAGUACCAGGGAAAGCUUGUGGUAUGACCCUGUCCAGUGUCUGCAAGACAAGAGAAUACCGCAUGACCUACGACCUCUACAUCGCUGCCUUUGCCGGCGCUGGCAUCACGCUCCUGGCUCUGGUGCACUGUUCCCUUCACUUGGCUGUGUACCAAGUCUACCUGAAGAUGCUACGACACAGGGCAAAAAAUGAGGAGAGAGGUUACGACCUGUAUAGGAGACUGCAGAGGGACAGAGGAGGGAUACUGCGCUCUCCGUACUCUGAGAACAACCUGUCUGACACCUUGUGAAAGGACAUUUUGUAGUAGUUUUGGUAACAAGCUUUCUGCAAUAACUGUAACACCAGAGCGUAUCAACAAAUGACACUGUUUUGUAGAUUGUUCCACUUUAAUAAUAUUGUAGAGGCAUAUUUCAACAGUUGGGGCAUGAUACAAAAGCAGGGUUUUUUUUUCUUAACCAAGCAUUACAACUUCGUAUUUAUCCUUAUUUCAACACAAUGUGCUGCAUGUGAAUAAUUUCUAUAGAUUAUGUACUUUUUCCUUAAAAUGUACUUUUGAAGGCAAAUGUGAAGAUUUUCUUUCCUGCAUGAAUCUAAUUUGACAGUAUGCAGCGGAUCCUUCUAAUGAAGGGAAAAUAAAAAUGUAGCACAUGG